AAUCAAAAGAAAAAAUAUCUAGUUCUUCUCAACAUUUCCAUCUCACAAACUAUAGCUAUAUAUCUUUUCUUUAUGAGUUUCAUUUCUAUUUACAUCCAAAAAAAGUAGCUAGCAAAUAAGAGUAAUGGAGUACCCAAACCUUGAUGCCACAAAUGAGAAACUCAUGCAAAAUAGCAUCUCUUCUUCUUCAUCUUCUUCUCAUCCCAGAAAAGGUGGUUUUAGAACCAUGCCGUUUAUCAUAGUGAAUGAGUGUUUUGAGAAAGUGGCAAGUUAUGGAAUAAUGCCUAACAUGAUACUGUACUUGAGAGAUGAUUAUAACAUGCCUAUUCCUAAAGCUACUAGCGUUCUUUAUACUUGGUCUGCUAUGUCUAAUAUCUUGUCCAUUUUUGGUGCUUUUCUCUCUGAUUCUUACUUGGGUCGCUUCAAUGUCAUCUUCAUUGGUUCCCUCUCAAGCCUUCUUGGUUUAACCAUUUUGUGGUUAACUGCAAUGAUCCCGUCACUGAAACCGUCCGAUGUAUCGUCAUCAUCGCUCGUCCAAGUCUUUGAUUCUGCUACAUCAUCUCAACUAGCAGUUUUGUUCAUUUCCUUAGGAUUGAUUUCGAUUGGAGCUGGUUGUGUUCGACCUUGUUCUAUAGCCUUUGGAGCAGACCAGUUAGCGGUUAAGGAAAAUUUGGAUGAUGGUAGGAUCUUGGAUAGUUACUUUAAUUGGUAUUAUACAUCGAUUGCAGUUUCAACCAUUAUCGCGUUGAGUGUGAUUGCUUACAUUCAAGAAAACCUAGGAUGGAAAAUCGGGUUUGGAGUACCUGCGGUGCUAAUGUUGAUAUCGGCUUUCAGUUUCGUUGUUGGUUCGCCGUACUAUGUCAAAGUGAGGCCGAGUGAGAGCUUACUCACUAAUUUUAUAACAGUAGUUGUUGUGGCCAUAAAGAACAGAAAGCUUAGUCUUCCUGAUCACGGCUUUGAUCGGUACUGUCAAGGCCGUGAUUCGGAUCUGAUGGUUCCUACCGAUAGCCUGAGGUUUUUGAACAAAGCUUGCGUUAUAAGAAAUCAUGAGAGGGAGUUAAACCCAGAUGGAUCAAUUUCGAAUCCGUGGAAUCUAUGCACAAUAGGACAGGUGGAGUCACUGAAAUCAUUGCUUAGAGUCAUUCCUAUGUGGUCGACGGGAAUCUGUAUGAUGGCGACUCAGAGUUCAUUUUCCACUCUUCAAGCCAAAACAAUGAACCGAAGGUUAUUCGGCAAUUUCAAUUUUCCUGCAGGAUCGUUCAAUCUUAUCAUGAUAUUCACCUUAUCAGUAGUCAUUCCUUUAUACGACCGAAUAGUUGUACCUCUACUAGCCAAAUACACAGGCCGGCCUAGAGGAUUCGGUUGUAAAGUCCGCAUUGGGAUAGGAAUUUUGUUUGUAUGUGCAGCUAAAGUAGUAGCAGCUAUUGUCGAAACCGUGAGACGAAAUGCAGCCAUUGAACAAGGGUUCGAAGACCAACCAAACGCUGUAAUCAACAUGUCGGCUUUAUGGCUUGUUCCGGAGUUCGUUUUGCUUGGAUUGGGCGAGUCUUUCACGCCAGUUGGACUUGUUGAGUUUUUCUACACUUAUUUCCCGAAGAAUAUGUCGAGUUUCGCAAUGGCUAUUUUCACAUUGGAACUAGCUGCUGGUGAUGUAGUUUCGAGUGCGGUUGUGAGCAUUGUGGACAAGGUCACUAGCAUCGGAGGAAACGAGAGCUGGUUAUCGACUAACAUCAACAAGGGCCAUCUGAAUUACUAUUACGCGCUACUCGCUUUCUUAGGUAUGAUUAACUACCUCUAUUAUCUUGUCAUUUGUUGGACUUAUGGACCCAAACACGGAGAAAAACGCGAAGCUUCAGAAGGCGACGAGGAUGAUAAAUUUGAUUACAAGGAGUUACAUACAUCAUGAAUUGAAAUAUCUGUGUAUUUCUAUGUUGUAUUUAUAAUAAAAGAAAACGUAGUCUCUAUUGUUUCCACAAGGGCAAUAAGCAGUAGCAAUUUGUCUGAACAUGAACAAAUGCAAAUUAGAGGAAAGAAAACAAAAGUAAGAACAUCACUGUCACAUGAAAAUGAAGAAACUUACCUAGACAUAUCUUCUAAUGGAACUGGUCCUAAGUAGUAUUUGUUUUCUUUACUGGAUAUGAAUCUGCAUAUAUUCACAUGAGUUCUGUGUUAGAAAGAUCUUCAAUAACGGCCACGUAAAAGCUUUUGUGGUUUCGAUCAA